UGCAUAAGGGUGAUAUAUAAAAUCCAAUGCCACUUCACUGCUUGCUCUUUCCUCUCUCUAAAAUCUUUCAGUCUCUGCAAAUUAAACCCUCUUUAGCUCUCUCUAAUGGCUAUAAUCUCUCUAUCACUCCAUCGCUUCAAUUUCUCUCUCUAAAAUUCCUCCGCUCCCUCUCUCUAGGGUUUCAACAUACCUUCUUUGUCCAUCUUUAAUGUGAAUUUUCUACUCUAAUCAUACUUUUUACUGUUGACGAAAAACUUUUACUUUCCUUUUUCUUUUUUCGCACGCUUGUUUGUGUAUACGUUCUUUUUGGGGGGAUUUAUAUGUUUAGGUUUUAUAUGUAGUGGUUUUUUCGUGAGUUUGGUGAACUCAGAUGUCGUCGUCCGCUGCGCCGUCGUCGGCUACGAAGGUUUGCUUCAACACCAACUGCAACCAAUUUAUUGAACGGCCGAAGAAAGGUUGGCGCCGUCGCACCGGCGAGUUCGCUGACCUUUGUGAUCGUUGCGCUUCUGCUUAUGAUGAUGGCAAGUUUUGUGAGACUUUUCACCUCAAAACUUCUGGAUGGAGAUCUUGUGAGUCUUGUGGAAAGCAAAUUCAUUGUGGAUGCAUUGUCUCUUUCCAUACAUUCGUUCUGUUGGAUGCUGGAGGUAUUGAGUGCUUAUCCUGUGCAAGGAAAAGUUUUAUUUUGACCCCAAAUCCUGCCUGGCCUCCACCUUCACUUUUCCAUCCUCUGCAGCCUGAAAGAAUUAAAGACGUCAAUAAUUGGAAUCCAAUAGCUGGUUCUGGUCCUGUUCCAUGGAGACAAGCACCAAGUUUAUUUAAUGGUUCCGCCAUUCAAAAUGAGUUGCAGCCCAGGACACCCUUUCUUGAUGCCACAGGCAGCGUCGACAGACUUUGUCUUGGUGAGAGACCGUCUGCCUUGUCCUCCGACAACAGCAGGAAGGACUCUUGUGAAAAGUUGAUGAAUGGAAAGCUGAAGAUUGGUGUACCAGGAACACUUGAAAAUGGAUAUGCUGGUCUUAAUCAUGAGGAGCCCCCUAAGUCUUGUAUAAGUGGUCCACCACAAUUAUCUUAUGCAAAGAAUGAUCUUUCUGCUCCCAGUUUUUCUUUGACUAUCGGUUCUUCUUGCAAAAAUGAACCAACUGAUCACAGUAAGGUGUCUAUUAGUCUCCAACAACAAACCACACUUUCGACUCCAUUGGGGAAGCAGCUUGGUGGUCAUGCUACAGUGGAUUACGCUGGAGAGACUCAAGUCCGCAAUUCGAAAACCCGUGUAGAUGGGAGAGGAAAGCAUCAUUUACUUCCUCGUUACUGGCCUCGCAUAACGGAUGAAGAACUACAACAAAUAUCUGGAGACUCAAAUUCUGUAAUUACUCCUUUGUUUGAAAAGAUGCUAAGUGCUAGUGACGCUGGCAGGAUAGGACGGUUAGUAUUGCCGAAGAAAUGUGCUGAGGCCUAUUUUCCACCAAUUUCUAAUCCAGAAGGGCUGCCUCUCAAGGUGCAAGAUCUGAAAGGGAAGGAAUGGAUGUUUCAGUUCAGAUUUUGGCCUAAUAAUAACAGUCGUAUGUAUGUCUUGGAAGGGGUGACUCCUUGUAUACAGUCGAUGCAAUUGCAAGCAGGUGACAUAGUAACAUUCAGUAGGAUAGAGCCAGAAGGAAAGUUGGUCAUGGGGUGCAGAAAGGCCUCAACUACUCUUACAGCAGAUCAGGGAAGUGAAGCUUGCAGUAACAGUAACGGUGUUGUUACAAAUGGGAAUGUCAAUACUAAAAGUACCAAGUUCUCUGAAGAAGUUCUGGCAAAUUCUACUAAAAAAGGCUUUUCAUCAACCACUCAUGUUGCUCCAGCAGAUUCAACAAUUGGCUGGGCUGAAACUAAAUUGUCCGAUGAUAUGGCUAUGGAAUUUUUAGGAAACAAUCGUUCUAUUCCUUGUAAGAGGAAGAGUAGCACCCUGGGUUCAAAAAGCAAACGCUUGAGGAUUGACAAUGAGGACUUAGUAGAGCUGAAGGUCACAGUGGUGCAAGCCCAAGGGUUGAUGCGUCCACCUUCAAGUGAUGCUCCUACAGUAAUCGUGAUAGAAGGCUGUGAGUUUGAAGAAUACGAGCAGGAUGCACCAAUUAUUGGCAGGCCUGCAAUCCCUUCUGUGGAUCAUUUGGGUGAAAAAAUACAAUGGGUACAAUGUGAGGACUGUUUCAAGUGGCGAAAAGUUCCUGACAGUGCUCUCCUUCCAUCAAGAUGGACUUGUUCAGAAAACUCAUGGGACUCCGAGAGGUCUGUGUGCUCGGCAGAUCAAGAAUUAACUGCAGAUCAUCUGCGAGACCUCCUGCCUCGUAUUAAUAAAGCUGCCAAGAAAAUGAAGGCUUCUAAACAGGAAACAGACGUUGAGGCUCUGGAUGGGCUUGAUGCACUUGCUAAUCUCGCUAUUCUAGACGAGGGAGAGACUCUUCCAGCAUCAUCACAGGCCACGACGAAGCACCCACGUCAUAGACCUGGGUGUACCUGCAUUGUCUGCAUUCAGCCCCCAAGUGGAAAAGGUCCUAAGCACAAGCAAUCAUGUGAUUGUAUCGUCUGUAAAUCAGUAAAGCGUCGUUUCAAAACAUUGAUGCUGAAGCGUGAAAAAAAGUUAUCAGAGAAAGAAGCAGAAGCUGCUUGUCAAAAACUGCAGCCACAAUUGGCUGGACAACUGCUUGAUGCUGGUGACAUUCAAGAAUCUAAUGAUGACGCAGGGCAUUUUAGCCCACAGCGGGGAGAGCUGAACAAUGAGGGUUAUGCGGAUGAUCCCAAUUACCCUAAUGAGAAGAAAUCUUCUGCUUUGCCAUUUAAAGGUGAAAUUGACCUGAAUGCUAAACCAGAGAGAGAUGAUGAGCUUUCACCAGGCUCUGAUUCUGGCAGCAUAAUGCGCAUACUCCAAGUUGCUGCAGAGCAAUAUGUCAGGCAUUGUGAGAAUGGAAGUUUCACGGGUAAUCAUGAAAAUGGAGAUGGUACUGGAGAGACAAAUCCGAAUAAUUGUGUUAUUGUUGGUGGUACUAAUCAAACUGAUGUAGACCAUAAUAGGCCUUUAUCUAUAGGCACGGCUGCAUCUUUGGCACCUAAUGACCAGUAGGAUACUCCUCCAUCCAGCACCUAAUAUUAGCUUGUGCUAUAUAAGAAAUCAGAGGUGCUAUUGCAGCAUAGUGGUAACAUGUAUAUUUAGGCUUUACAGGUAUCAUGCAUUUCCAGAGUUGUACAUAGGUAGGUGUAGUAAGUGAUGCAACCUCUCCGCACAGGUUACUUUUUUAAUGGGUGCGAGGUGCUUUGCAUAUUAUUAUAAAUGGCCGGAAGGGUUUUGGAGUGUUCAA